AUGCCUCUUCCACAACUACUUGUCGGCAAGGUCGCCGCUGUCACCGGAGGUUUGACCGGCAUUGGACGGGCAAUCGCACUGGCGUACAUCCACCACGGAGCUAAAGUUGCCGUCAGUCACCUGGGCGGGCCAAAAGAGGAUGAACUGCUCGCAUCGCUCCGCAAAGAUGUGAACGAGAUUGAAGCUGGUGCAGAGACCAGCCGUUUUAUCACUGUGGCUGGGAAUAUCUCACAGCCCGAAACCGGCGUGAAUUUUGUCGCGAAGGUAGUGGAGACCUUCGGACGGCUGGAUGUCUUUGUGAGCAAUGCUGGUGUCUGCCAGUUUGCUGAUUUUCUCGAACUUGAGCCCUCCCUAUUCAACCACACGGUCUCUACUAACCUCUCUGGCGCCUUUUUCGCGACUCAAGCUGCUGCUCGCCAGAUGGCGCUCACACAGUCACCUCCUGGGGGAUCAAUUAUCGGAAUUAGUUCGAUCUCUGCCCUUGUCGGUGGCGGAGAGCAGGUCCAUUAUACCCCGACCAAGGCGGGUGUCCUUAGCCUCAUGCAGUCAUGCGCUGUUGCACUGGGUAAGUAUGGCAUUCGGUGCAACGCCCUCCUGCCGGGAACUAUUCGUACCCAGUUGAACGAUGCCGAUAUGUCUGAUCCUGUCAAGCGAGAAUAUAUGGAGGGGCGAAUUCCCCUUGGCAGACUGGGCCAGCCGCCUGAUCUUGCCGGCCCGGCAGUAUUCUUGGCUUGCGAAGAGCUGAGCAACUAUGUAACCGGUGCUCAGAUCUUGGUGGAUGGAGGACUUUUCGUAAAUUUGCAGUAG